AUGGAUUCAUCAGAGCCUUCAGCUAAGAAAUCUAAAAAGUCAAAAUCUUUCCAACAUCAAUGGUACGAUGAUAAUCCCGAGUGGAGAACAUGGGUCAAGGAAUGUUUGUCAGAUUCAGAAAAGUUUUUAUGUGUUAUUUGUAAUGAAAAUUUAGCUUGUGGUCGUUUUGAAAUUGACAGACAUUCCAAAACCAAGAAACAUUUGGAAAACUUGCGCGUGUACAGUUUCAAGAACUCUAGUUUUCCAAAUGUCGUGCUUCCUGAAAUUUCUUCAUCAGUUUGCUCUCAACUUGAUUCCAGUUCAUCUUUGUCUUCAUCUGAACUGCAGUUUAAUGAACGAGUUAAAGCAGCUGAAAUUCAAUUUGCGACCUUGAUUGCUCAAAACAAUAUUCCUUUGUCGACUGCACCACAAAUUUUGAAAUUAUUUCAGUCGAUUGGUAAAGAACCUGCUGUUCUCCAAAAGAUGACAGUGGGUAAAACCAAAGCGACUGGAAUUAUUACAAAUGUUGUGAGUGUUCGUGAGUCCGAACGGAUCGUUGAAAAUGUUCAAAAAACGAAAUUUUCUAUUCAAGUAGACGAGACCACUGACAUUACAAAUGACAAAUGGAUGACGUUGAUGGUCCGCUAUGUGGAUCCAAAUACACUUACGGUUAACAACGAAUUACUUAAAUUGCUUCAUUUAGAUGGGACGGACGGUUCUGCGAAACGUCUUUUUGAACAAUUUUGCGAUGCGUUGGCCAGACUGGGAAUUCCGUUAGAGCAAAUCAUCGGUCUUGCCUGUGACAAUGCUUCAGUUAUGGUUGGCAAAAAUAACUCCUUCAAAAUUUUGAUGACUCAGCAAAUUCCGAAUCUUCGGACGUUACCAUGCAUUUGUCACUCUCUUGCCCUCGCCUCAAAAGAAGCAUGUUCUAAGAUUCCAGUCGAAGUUCAUGACUUUGUUGCCAAUAUUAUUUCUUAUAUUAAUAAUAGCCCGAAACGCAGCGCCAUCUUUGCUGAAUUUCAAGAAUGCUAUGAAGAAAAACCUAUUACCAAGAUUGUUCGAUUCGCUGGUACACGAUGGUUGUCUCGUCAAAUUGCGAUUACAGGGUUUUUGAACAAUUGGCGAGCGAUAGAGGCUUGUUUGAUUUAUCAAUCUUUGGAGAAACGUGAAAAAGGAGAUGAUUUACUUGCAAUCUUGCAGAAACCAUCGACAAAAGCGUAUUUACUCUUUUUGCAAUGCGUGCUUAAAUCUUUCAACGAGAUUAACGCUCAUUUUCAAGGGAGUAAUACUCUAGUCCACGAGUUGCAGCCACGUUCGAUGAAGCUGCUUCUUCAAUUUCUCCAGAGGUUUAUGGAUCCACUUAUGUUGAAACCUGAAACCUUUUACGAUAACGUCCAUAACAUAAACUUUGAAAAAGUUUCGAAUCAACUUAAGUUGUUUGAAGUAGAUGUUGGACCCGAUUGUCGAGAGUAUUUACUGCUUCAACAAAAGUCUGGAGUUCCUGAAUCAAUCAUUGAGCAGGUGCGCAACGAUUGUUUAAAUUUUCUUGUAACCGCUUCCAUUGAAAUCCGCCGGAGACUGCCGAUCGAUGAUCCAUUUCUCUCAGAUCUGACAGUUUUCGCGAAGGAAACUGCCCUCUUCGAUCCUGACAGGAAUUCAUCGUUUUCGAAAGUAGAAAACACCUGUCAUGCUCUUAAAGUUCCCGGAGGGAGACUUAUUCAGGAAAAGUGA